UACGAGAGGAUCAACACUAGGUCAAAAUGUCGAUUGAACUUUUUCAGCAAUAAGCUUGAGGCUCCCAGAUGAAUUCAUUUGAAAUUUUUAAGACUUAAGUCUGUCACUUUCUAACAAUAAUUGCGAUUUCUAUAAGUGGCUAUCCUUUUCGUACAAGGUUUUUGAAACUUUUUAAUUGUGCGUCGUUAUUUUAAUGAAUGGGUACCAGUAGUUCAUUAUCACCAGUUACUUGUCUCUCGGAAACGAGUCCUGUUUUGAGAAAGACCGAAGGUUUUCACUACGUGAGCUAACGAGAGCCGCUGCCUAAGAAAUAAAGUAUUAAACCGUGAAGAAAAAAAUGAUUUCCGUCUACGUGACUACACCGACAUUUCAAUGACAAUUCUUGAACAUUUCUACGUUCCACAUGGACGAAGAGGAUUCCAGGCAAGUUCGUCCUUUCCUUUAUCGUUCAAAAUGUUCUGCCAAAUGGGGAGGUUAGAAAGCUUUUCCUCAAUGCAUGCUUGAAAGUAUACGCAGCGACAUCCGGUCUCCUUUCAUUUGAAUCAUGUGCCGAGUUUUGAAGCUCUUGAAACCAUACAGUUACACUGGAAGCAAUGCGAAGCGCUACGCACAAGAAUGGUACCCGUUUGAGCAAACGACUUGUGACCAGUAACACUGACAGGUGGUCCUUUAAGAGCGAGAAUUGCUUCGAGAAACAAAGACUAUCCAUGCUGUUUGCAUUUGAUAGGCGCAGGAAUAGACUAUUUCUUUACUUCGAAAAGCCAUAAUAACGGCAAGAUUUUGUAAACGAGAGAAAGACGUUCAUCAGACUGCGAAAAGGUUAACGUGUUAUGUCUUGAUGCCUCUUGAUGCUAUGAAGCUUGUCAACACGAGUACCCUGUGCACUGCGAAAUGAACCGGAUACGAUGUACGAAGUUUCUUUUACUUGUCGUCUUGGUGAGCCUGUUCGCGUAUCUCAUGCUUAAAGACGAGUCCGUUUGUAUCACUGUAAACAGUGUUCAUAAUGCAAUGACUGCGAGAGAAAUUGCUGCCUUGUUACAAGGAGGUGAGAAAACGGAGAAGCCCUGGACAGAAGGAAAAGGGGGAAAAGUGUCAAGCAGGGUAAAAGAUAAUAAAGAAGUAAAAGCAGUGGAGGGGAAACAACAAUCACUUCUUGAGAACUUGAUAAAAGCGAGAAAAACGGAGGAAGAAUUGAAAAAGAAUAUUAUCCGGCUAACCACCGAGCUUCGCAGCGUUCAUAAAUUCAGAGGUGGAAGUGAACUGAACAGGCUUAAGAGAGCCGAUGAAUUAAAUCUUCCUACAGUUUUUGUUAUUACUCCUACGUUCAAACGUUUCGUACAGAAAGCUGAGCUUACUCGAGUCUAUCAAGCUCUGAAGCCUGUCAAAAACCUUCAUUGGAUUGUGGUCGAAGACGCUGUUAAUAAAACUGACUUAGUUGCGAAUUUUCUGAGGACUUCGGGUUUGAAGUACACUCAUCUAAAUGUAAGAACUCCUGACAUUUUACGCCGCCAUCGGAAUGAAAUGCGACGAAUGAAACCCCGUGGUGUGGUACAGAGGAAUCUGGGUAUUCAGUGGCUACGCAAAAACAUUGAUCCUCACAGAACGUCUGGAGUAAUUUAUUUUGCAGACGAUGACAAUACAUAUGAUAGUAAAAUCUUUGACGAGAUGCGUUGGAUACAAGGAGUCGGUGUUUGGCCAGUGGCAUUUACAGGUGCAGCGCGUUGGGCAGGUCCCUUAUGUAAGAAUGGUAAGGUUGUCGGUUUUCAUGCAAAGUGGGGUCGGUUUCGUCCGUUUCCUAUCGAUAUGGCUGCAUUCGCGGUGAAUCUAAGAAAGCUGUUGAUUGACUUCCCAAACGCCAAGUUUGUAGCAGUAGAGAAGCCUGGAAUGUUAGAAUCAUCAUUAUUGAGCCAAAUAACUAAAGUGGAACAACUGGAACCGGUUACUCCAAACUGUAGCAAGGUUUAUGUGUGGCAUACAAGAACAGAAACACCAAGAGACAGCAUUUUAGGAGAAAAACAGUUGAUAAAAAAAGGAAUGCCAUCCGAUAAAAGCAUCGAAACGUAACCAUGGCCAUCCGAGUCACUUCCCGAUGCAAUUAAGUUCUUCAGUUAUGCCAUAUCACAUUCAAUUCUUAUCUCAUGAAAAAUAUUUAACUCGAUAAGAAUGAGACAACAUUUCAAUUUGGAACAGAAUUUCUCUCAAAUAUUUUCUAGGCUAUGCGCAAUUACAUCUCUAAUAGCGCAGAUAGAGGAAAUAUGAAAUCCCUGUCCCACAUCAGAACGAUGUGUACGCUGUUAUUUCAAAUAAAAACCUUUGUUCCUACAGGGA